AUGGCUGCCAUUUUCUGUGAGAACUGUUCCUUUUCAUAUUUUCAACAUGGCCAAGCCUCCCAUCAUUCUGAAGCUAGUGGAGCUCUUCUGCUCAUCAUGCUUGGGAAAGUCAUGCUCAAUCUAUUUUUGUUACAAGUCCGAAAACCAAAUCUCCGUGAGAGUUAUAUGAGCUAUUUCUGCAAAUCACUAGCCUUUGUUGACUUUGUGCUCCUAGCGACUAUAUCCUUCAUCGCCUGUUUUCAGGAUUUCAUGCUUUUAGGCGUCCGAUUUACUGUGUAUCAUAUCUGUCUUCUGGCUCAGACAGCAGCCCUUGCCUAUGGAAUCUUAUUUUACCCAGUUUCUUUUGUAGCUGGUUUGGAUUACUACCUUACAAUAACCCAAACUUCCAAGCGUCCUAACAUGUGUUGGCGAUCACUAUACACAGUUGCUGUUGCCUUCACGUGGAUUUCAGUUCUCUUUUAUGUUCUGAAUCUUCCAGGCAGCUCUAUAGGACUUGAGGUAAGCCAUUCCAAUUCUGCCUACCAGUGCCCUUUCUACACCAGCAGCCAGAGCUACUGGCUGACGGUAGGCAUGCUGUUUAUCAUAUGCCUGGUUCUUGUAUUCUGUUGGUCAGAAGUUGUGGACAUGGUAAAGUCAAUUAAACUAAUUUCCAUCGAGAGAGAGGUUGUUUUGUUCUUCCCUUACAUGCCUGAGUGCAGCCUCAGAGACUCUGCGAAGCAUUUUUUGACAAGACUUCUUAUCUGCUUUAUUGGCACUUGGGCACCAUUUGUGCUCCUUCAAAUGCUAAUCGUGUUCCUUGGUGCAGAGAUUCCUGCUUGCAUAGAGAUGAACGUUCCCUGGCUUUACUUUGCCAACAGCUUUAUUAUUGGAAUCGCAUUUUGGGUCAGGCGCCACCAGAUUGAAAUGACAGAGGAGACUUGGGAUGUGGAUCCAUUUGUCAGCUGGAAAUUCUGCUUUGCCCCAUUCAGCUGCCAAGAUGAAGAGAAAACUCAAAAGCCCACCACCCAAAGUUUAAUCUGUUAG